GAAGAAAAACAACAUAUAUAUUGUUUAUCUCCUUCUUAUAUAUUGUUUUAAAAUAUAGGGUAAAAGGCAUGAAGUUAAGAAAUGACUUUUGACAGCCGCAUGUCCAAAACACUUGCUAUUGAAGUUUUCUUCUAAUUUAUAAGGCUCUACAAAGCAUUUUUGUUUUUUUUUUUCUUGAUUUCCGUAUUGUACUAGGGACCCCUGAACGGUUAAUACGGUCGGUCUUCAAGAACAAGGAUCGAUGCGUGGAACAACUGAGCGAACGUAACGGUCGGUCAUUUUAGAGAAGAGGAACCGGGCGGUUGGAAACGGACGGUCCGAAAGAUCAAGGUAAGGUCAAUUUAGUUAAGGUAAUUGUAUGAUUAAGACGAUUGGGCCAAGAUUGGGCCCUGAUUAGGACCACCUUAAUAUUAAGCCCAUAUCCAACACUAUAAAUACAAGUCACAAGUACCAGGUAAGUAGGUUCAUUUAUUGCGCAUUUAAUUUUGAGCUCUAAUAACCGAUCAAACCUUUGAACUGACUUAAGCAUCGGAGUGCCUUUAGCAGGUACCCACCCGGGACAUAUGUUGGACGAAGCGGACGGAUGAUUGGAGGACUAUAAGAGAGACGGACGACAGAGAGAAAGAAAAUUGUGAAAGGUUUGUCUGACUCGACCACAUAAAUGGUUGCCUUACACAAAAAGAAAGUCCAUGGCCAGAAUAGACAAGAAUCUGAAUUAGGAAUCCAUGAUAAAGGGUUACCAUUACUUUACAUUGAAGUUUGUUCACCCCCAAAGGAAAUCUCAAAGUGUACAUUUCUAUGUUCUUCCACUCAAAUACCCCAGUCGCAUUAAUUUGUUAUCAACCCACCAACUUCAUUGGAACACCCUUUUUUUUCUCCUUCAAUGGAAGGUGAUGAGGGAAAACAGUGCUCCCAAAACCCUUACGUUGAACUAGAAGAAGUUGACUUCGAUUUUAUUCUAGCAUUGAGCAUGCAGGAACACGAGAGAGAGUUCACAAUGCUUUCAACCAUUGAAAGUGAAAGUGAUGAAUAUCUGAGUGAUCCUGACUUCGUAGAGAGUCAUGAGUUUAACUCUGAUCUUCAGUUUCUUGAAGAUGAAGAAAGCAAUGAUAACGAUGAUGAUGAUGAAGAAGAAGAAAUGGAAGAAGAUGAGAUUGAUCCAGAUGAAUUAUCUUAUGAAGAGUUAAUGGAGUUGGGAGAGUUUAUAGGAGAAGAAACGAGAGGAUUAUCCGUAAAUGAAAUCUCUAUAUGCUUAAACCCUUAUACUUGGCAACGUGAUGAAACAAAAAGUGGAAUCGAUCGCUGUGUGAUUUGUCAGGUUGAAUAUGAAGAUAAUGAAGCAUUGGUGGCACUUCAAUGUGAGCACCCUUAUCAUGCAGAUUGCAUAAGCAAGUGGCUUCAAAUUAAGAAGGUUUGUCCCAUUUGUAGCAAUGAAGUUUCAACUCCAAACAUGGCUUCCAACACUUAAUUCUUUCGCUCGAAUUCUUUAAUCAACGUGUCUGUAUAAAUUACGCACAGUAAUCUGGAUUUGCAUGAAACUGUAGUUGAGAAAAUAAAUAAAAAAAAAACAUGGAAACUUUAUAUCAUUAGAAAUAA